AUGGUGGUGAGUUCCCGCUCCCAGAUCUUCCAACCGGCUAUUUUCGAUGUCUCCAGGAGUGGCCUGAAAGACGUGCAGGGUGCAGCCUUGAAGACUCUUAUUCACAAAGUAUUCAUUGACUUGACUCAAGGAGCAACUGACAAUGGGGAACCAGUUCUUACAUCUGAGCAGGUCAGCAAUAUUCCAGCUUUAAGGGUGAAUCCAUUUCGGGACCAAAUCUGUAAGGUGUUUAGCACAAAUGAAGAGGGUUUAUUUUCAUUCGAAGACUUCCUGGAGAUGUUCUCUGUCUUCAGUGCAAAUGCAUCGCUUGCUGUAAAAACUGACUACGCAUUUCGAAUCUUUGAUUUAAAUGGAAAUGGCUACAUUGAUGAAGAGGACAUAAGGAAUAUCAUCCUUCGUUUGACUAACAGUUUAAUGGAUGAAGCAAACAUAGUUGAUUUAACUUACAAUAUCUUAGAUGAAGGAGAUUUAAAUAAUGACGGCAUGUUGUCAUUUGUAGAGUUUGAAAGUGUAAUUGAUAGAUCAUCUGACUUUCAAAAAUCCUUUACUAUCCGGUUCUGCGAAUAA